AUGGUAAGGGUCACUGUGCUUCUGUAUAUCCUCCAAAUACUCGGGGUAAGCUUCUGCAUGAGCCCAAGGAAGCCUGAAGAAGUGACUCUGGAUAUUGUGGACCCUAACAAAUCUUCUAUAGAUGUGCUUACAAGGAGACCGUAUGGCAUACAUAUGGAGAUAUAUGUUGCAAGGGAUGGUUAUGGGAUAUCAUCGAUUGUUGAGAAUCAGGAGUCUGUGUGGAAACUAACCAGUGGAAGUUCAUGCAACCAUGUGGUCGUUGUUCUCGAUAGAGGAGAUACUCCAGACUCUGUAGCUGUACAGGUAGAGGAUAAACAUGGCGUAAAGAGUUUUAAGUAUUACGAAAAAAAGGACAGGUGGACUGAGGUUACAGAAGAAUGCUUUUUCAAGAGGUUUGACAAUAGGGUAUUAAGAGAAUUAGUUCUAGAGUCGAUUACUGUGGACAUUAAUGAAGACAGAACUUCCAAGACACUCUUCAAAAGUAAAUCUGGUAAACUUCCAUUCCUGGUGUACGCUCCAAAUGUUGGAUAUCGCAUUGAAAGGCUUACUGAUAAAAGGUGCAUAAUAUGGGAGACAAAGUUGGAAAGCGAAAGGUGUAUUCACAUUUCUCUCUAUCCUAGGGAUGAUCCUACUCUGGGUUACUUGGUAGUCCAAAACCAAGAUGGUCUAGAAGAACUGUUUUUCGAGAAAGUCGUAGAGUUGUGGAUUGAUAUUGAUAGGGAAAAAUAUCUGGAAGACUUAGUCAAGGCUGGCUUUGACAAGUCAACCUUCAAUGAUAAUGUUACUCUGGACUUCACUAGUGUUGAUAAAGACGUUUUUUAUACAAACGAAAUCGAAAUUGGGGAUGGGUCGAUGAAAGGACACUCUUCUCGCCCUGGAUUCAGGAUGACAAAGAUAACUGAGGGUUCCAAGAUAGUUUGGGAAGGAUCAAGUGGAGAAGUUUGUCCAUACUUUAGAUUAAUCGGGAUCGGAGAUGGCACUCGCCUAGGCCUUAUAUUUGUUUCUAAUGCAAAAAUGGAUAAGAUUCUAUACUAUAGAGAAGAUAGCGGAAAUUGGAAAGAAGUUAAAAGGGAGGAAUAUUAUAGAUUCCAUUCAGACAAGAAUGAUCCAAUGUACACUCAUAAGGGUGACGGCAAAGUUAUUAUGAGCAGUUUUAGGAACAAGCAAGGUCUUAGACUCGUCAGUUAUGCCUCCAGAGUGGCAAAUGCCAAGGGAGAUGUCAUUUUGAUUCACGGCAUCCGUUCUCAUUUUAAAUCUGAGUUUUUUGCCUCAAGUGCAGAGUGGAAUUUUGAACAUUAUGGAACUCCUACAUCUCCACAUAAAGUUCCAUUUGGUGAUUAUCAUGGUAUACACGAAAAAUCUCUAAUCUCCAGAUACAAAUAUAUUUUUGAGCAUGCCAGCUUUGAUGGUCUAAACGCCUUUGAAGUAUCACCUAGAUACGGUUAUGAUUACAGUCUCGUGGAGAUAUUGAACAGAUUUGGUUACAAUGUUUAUGGAUUUGAUAACCAGUCUCAAGGUCUUUCUGAAUCAGUAGCAGUUACAAAAUGUUAUGUGAACGAUUUUAAAGAUCACGUCCACGAUGUCAUUCAGUUUGUUAGUAUUGUAAAGAGAGGCAAGUUUGAGGAUUCCUCUGAAAAGUGGAAUGAGGAUUUAGUCUACAAGAACAUUCCUACGGAUAAAAAGACAUUCCUUCAUGGCCAUUCCAUGGGAGGUAACAUUGUCUUUCAGGCUGUGCAAGAGUUUUAUAAGAAUGCCGAGAAGGGAACAAAGUUUGUGGAUGGUCUAAUUGGCACAUCUGCAAUGCUUAGCCUUGAGAAUCGCGUAGAUACAACUUUUAAAAGGGUGACAAAGCCCUUUUUGGGAUUACUAGCAUGGGCUGUACCAGAGGUUGGCAAUCCAUAUGAAAGCAAUAACAACUAUGGUAGCUUCCUGGAAACUUUUAUUAGGUAUAAUGACCCGUUCUAUUAUGGCAAGAGGUUGGCAUUCAAGACUAUUUACUCACUCUUUACUGCCUGUACUGAGGUCAACAAGGAUGAGAAUAUUGCCAAUUAUCCAAAGGAUUUGCCAACCCUUUUAAUUCACUCCAAGGAUGACUAUAUAUGUGGAGUUAAAGGCUCGAAGGAUAUGGCUGAGCAGCACCUAAAGGAUAGUAAUGUAGUCCAAUUUGUGGAACUAGGAGGAACGUUUCACUACCUUACUUUACCUCAAGCUAUGGUUUUUGUAGAAUCGCACCUGAAGAAAUGGUUUGAAAAACACGGGUAG